GCUUCACUCACUCACUUCAUUCAAUCAAUGGCGUCUACUCUACUUUGCGUACAUAUGUGUAUUUAAUUGUGAAAAAAUUGCAAAAUACUUACGAAGAAUCAUAAAUAUAAGCUAAUAUUUGUUACCUACGAAGUGUGGUUUUAAGUUAUUUCAAUCUAUAUUUUAAAUAACUAUGGUGAUUUUUUUAUGAAAGUAGUGUUAACGUGUUUGUGGAAAUAUGACGCAGUUUUUGCCACCGAAUUUGCUGGCAUUAUUUGCCGCUCGGGAGCCUAUCCCAUACCUUCCGCCAGCAGCGAAGCUCCCUCAUGAGAAGAAACAAAAAGGAUAUGAUGGCGUCGGCGCUUUCCUCAAUGUUUUUGAGCACCCGUCGGAGACGCCGCCGCCGACGCGCGUGGAGACGCGCGAGGAGCGCGGCGCGCGGCGCCGGCGCGAGCGCGCGGAGCAGAGCGCGUACCGCCUCGAGCAGGAGAUCGCGCUGUGGGACCCCGCCGCCGGCGCGCGCUGCACCGCCGACCCCUUCAAGACGCUCUUCGUCGCCAGGAUCAAUUAUGACACAUCUGAAUCAAAACUUCGGAGAGAAUUUGAAGGAUACGGUCCUAUAAAAAAAAUCUACAUGGUCCACAACAAAGAGAACGCCAAGCCCCGCGGCUACGCCUUCAUCGAGUACGAGCACGAGCGCGACAUGCACUCCGCGUACAAACACGCCGACGGCAAGAAGAUAGACGGCAAGCGCGUGCUGGUGGACGUCGAGCGCGCCCGCACCGUCAAGGGCUGGCUGCCGAGGAGGCUGGGCGGCGGACUGGGCGGCACGCGGCGCGGGGGCGCGGACGUCAACAUCAAGCACAGCGGCCGCGAGGACAACGAGCGCGAGAGGGAGAGGUACCGCCUCGAGCAGAGGGAGAGGGACGACCGCGCGAGACACGAACGAGCGGGCGCGCGCAGACGAUCGCGCUCGCGCUCGCGCCGGCGCUCGGGCUCGCGCUCGCGGCGCCGCGAGCGCCCGCGCGAGGAGGACGACGGGAGCCGCCGGCGCCGGCGCUCGCGCUCGCGCUCGGAGCGGCGGCGCGACGGCUCGCGGCGCCGCGAGCGCGCCGACCGCAGCGACCGCAAGCGGCGCCGCGACCGCGACCGCAAGGAGGGCAAGGUCAAACCCGAGGACAUCAAGAUCAAGGAGGAGCCCGUCGACGACUACCCGUCGUUCUCGCUGCCGGCGCUGGAGAUGCAGAUCAAGCAGGAGCCCGACGACAACAAGUACAACCCGGAGGACGCCAACGGCGACGACUACAGCUACUAACCGCUCUACCCGCCGCUGCGAGGCUCCGGUGAACGCCGCUCCAGGAUGUCCAUUUCGCAAAAUGACAUUUUCUCAGCAAUGGAUUACGCAAAGUGUUAUUUUUCCAACUAUAUUAAGAUGACUGUUAAAAUAAUUUUUUGCUAAUUCAACAUAAAACUAUGACGUUUUGCGAUGUUAUUUUAAGAAAGGUGUGACGUUCUGCGCCAAGGCUUGGAUCGUACUCCUCUGACUAGAUUUUAAAGUUAGGAAAUAAUAUAACACUUAAAAAUGAAUUAUUGAUUUUGUAUUUAUUUUCACGCCCAACUUUUUCGUAAAAAAUAUCAGAAGCAAGAGCCCGAAAUGCCGUCAGAUGGUCGUUGCGAGUUGACAAUAACCUCCGCCUGAGGCGUUGUACGCUGAAUCCAUUACUUUGACAUUGUGCUCUUUUGACCUAAUACUUUGAACAUUCGAUCACUUGUCAUUUCGACCCUCGCUCAUGUGUUUAGUAAGUGCUACGGAGUACUUACUAAUUCCAUGCCCUCGCUAGCAAUGUGAUUACUUUUGAGUCAGACGUUUUCUGGUGAUUAUGAAAUAAAUAAGUAUAGUUUG